AUGGAAGUCGGACAUCAUCCACCGGAGAUUUGGGAACACAUCUUCAGCUACCUGAGCGGUCUCCAGCUUCUCCGGGCGCGUCUGGUUUGUCGUCGAUGGCGGGACAUUGUCACCGGUUGCCCCCCGUUGAUGCGGAAGGUCCGGAUCCGCUUGGAAAGAAAGAGAAUUUGGCAAAGGUACCCUUUGCCAGACGACUUUUAUGUGAUGGACCGUAACUUCAAUCCAACUUGGCUGCUACCGGUGACGGAGAUAAUCUUUCAAGAUCAGCUCAUCGCCUGGAUAGGUCCCUGGUGGACACGGAUUGCCCAAAGGCUGACACAUUUGACCUUGUCUGGAGGAUUUAUGGAUCUAUCGCUUCUGAUUGUAAUGCUUCGUCACACUCCCAACCUGCAAAGUUUGCAAAUUCGGGAAUCCUGCCUGACUGGUACGGCAGAACUCAACGUUCAGUUUACCAAACUGCAAGAACUUAACCUAGACGAACUGCGCUGCUGCGGCGAUGAACGCACCAACCUGCUGGACGUCUUCGAUAAAAUCUUCCCACGCGUGAAAGAUCUUCGCAUUCGGAAGAUUUGGAAAGAGGACUUCAACGUUGACAGGCUCCUGUCGCCUAUUCGAGCUCUUGCCGGUACGCUGGAAGCGUUGGAGGUGGACGACGCAGCGGUCAAUGUGCUUCGCGAUUUGCCCGAGUUGACACGGUUGCGACGAAUCUCCCUUCACGUUGAACCGCGGUUCUACUGGGACAGCUGGGCCAAAUUUUUCCGUUCGCAGCGUCUGAUUGAAGACUUGGUCAUCUAUACGGAUGAACUAACCAACACCCAGGUUCUGCGUGACAUCGGGCGUGCCGUACCAAAUCUGAAACGACUCACGCUGCACAUCAGCGACAAGAUCGAUACCGAUUUUUUGAAAUUCAUGCCGAACUUGCAGUACUUCGAGCUACGUGGGGAUCUUUACAACACAAUUGUUCUCCACAGAAAAGGCAGCGCGCGCAUCACAGAGAUCCGCUUCCGGGAAGUGACCGUAACCGGGCUCUGGAAAUUUCUCGACCGUUCUCCGCACCUUGCGCGCAUCGCGCUGAACAGUUGCGUGCUGGACGACGAAGACUCCAACGCCAAGGUGUCGAAAAAUCUCCGCGCCGUAGAGAUUGAUCGCCACACGAACAUUUCCUUGGGAAUGCUGCAAUCCCUCCUACGAAAGUGUCCUUUUCUCGAGGAAUUGGACUAUUGCUACGAGGAGACGUACGAUGAAUCCGUUGUGCCGCUGAUUUGUGAGCGCUUGAAGGGUUUGAGGAAGUUGUCUCUCCAGUACUGUCCGGUUAGUGAUGCUGACGUGGAGUAUCUCGCAAGCUACGGUCUUGCGCUGGAAGAGGUUCGGUUGAGCAGGCACACGCUGUGUCUGCAAACCGUUAAGCAGCUGCAAGCGACCAGGAACAUUAACGUGUGCGUGCUUGAUUAUUAACAGUUUGGGUUUUGUCGAACUCAUGCUUGGGUAUUUUCUUGAAAUGGCGCUGUCUCCAAGUAGCUGUAGGC